GGAGGGGACACUCUGGGGGCCCACCCCACCCCCGCCCGUCCUGCUCCCUUGGCGGUGGCUUUGGGGCUCCUCCCCCAUGGGGGUCCCUGCUGUCCCCGCGUCUGUCCCCGCGCUGCCCCCGUCCUGGCUCCACAACCCUCCGUGGCUCCCACCUCCCGCGGGGGACAAAACCCACUGGGGGGGUCCCAAGCUUGGGGGGGGACCAUCAAAGCUCCCCAUGUCCCUUCUCCCCCCAUGACAGCUUUGGGGACUCGGAACUGGGGGUCCCCGACCCGUGCCACCCCAUUCCACCCACACAGCCACAGGUACACACGUGACACGCCCAUUUCUCAGAUGGGCCCAUCGAGGCACGGGGCCGUUCCGCUUUUUGUCCCCCAAGGUCCUCCAGAAAGCGCAGGUGCAGGGGAGGCCAGCCUCGAGGCCUCAGCCUCCAGAACACCCCCCCCACCCUGAGACGGAAUCGGGGUCCCCUGUGACGCCGGGGAGGUGACAACGGGCACCCGGCUGCCAGGUUGGGCCUCCUCCUCUGAGCUGAGCUGCUCCCAGAUGGUCGGCACGGAGACCCGCCAGCGGAGGCCGGACAGCCAUGGCCGGCCGGGGGACCCGGGGCUGUCACACCCGCUAGGCUCGGCCGGACCUCCCGCCGCAGCCUCCGAGCCGGGGCCUCCGAGGCCCCCCGAGAGCCCAGUGGAGGCCGCCACAGCCCUGGAGGCUGAGCCUCGCCAGGAGACGGCCUUCUCGAUCGGCCUCCAGGUGACCGUGCCCUUCAUGUGCGCCGGCCUGGGGCUGGCGUGGGCGGGCGUGCUGCUGAACCGCUUCCAGCACUGGCCGGUGUUCCUGGGGGUUCGCGACCUGCUGACGCUGGUGCCGCCGCUCGUGGGCCUCAAGGGCAACCUGGAGAUGACCCUGGCGUCCCGGCUGUCCACCGCGGCCAACACGGGACAGAUCGACGACCCCCGGGAGCAGCUCAAGGUCAUCAGCAGCAACCUGGCCCUCAUUCAGGUGCAGGCCACCGUGGUGGGGCUGCUGGCGGCCUUGGUGGCCCUCCUCCUGGGCGCGGCCUCCCGAGAGAGGCUGGACCUCGCCCAGGCCGCACUGCUGUGCGCCAGCAGCGUCGUGACAGCCUUCCUCGCCGCCUUCGCGCUGGUGAAGGGCCCUCUUUUCCGAGCAGUGGAGGCUCCCCCGAGCAGUGGGAGGUCCCCGAGCAUGGAGGACCCCCCAGCGCAGUCAGGCCCCGAGCAUGGAGGCCCCGAGCAGUGCGGCCCCGAGCAGUGCGAGGCCCGGUACCGAGCAGUGGAGGCCCUCCGAGCAGUGCAGGCCCAUGCUCCUGAGCACCGUCCGAGGCCCGCCGAGCAGUGGAGCCCCCGAGCAGUGGGCCCCCCAGCAGUGGAGGGCCCGUCAGGCCGAGCAGUGGCAGCCCCCGAGCAGUGGAGGCGCCGCUUACCCCGAAGACAGUGGAGGCCCCCCAGUCAGGCACGCACCCGAGCAGUGGAGCCCCUCCAGCACGCGCGCGCCCCCCGAGCAGUGGAGGCCCCCAGCAGUGAGGCCCCCGAGCCAGUGAGCAGAGCCGCCGAGCAGUGGAGGCCUCCCCUCAGCAGUUCAGGCCCCACGAGCAGUGGAGGCCCGAGCAGUGCAGCCCAACCCGCGGAAGUCAGUGGAGGCCCCCUGAGGCCCCGUAGCAGUGGGGGCCCCGAGCAGUGCGGGCCCCGAGCAGUGGAGGCCCCCGAGCAGUUGCAGGCCCCGAGCAGGUGGGCCCCCGAGCAGUGCAGGCCCCGAGCAGUGGAGGCCCCCGAGCAGUGGAGGCCCCCGAGCAGUGGAGCCCCCGAGCAGUGGAGGCCCCCGAGCAGUGGAGGCCCCCGAGCAGUGGCAGGCGCUCGAGUUCCGAGCAGUGGAGGCCCCUUCGAGCGUGAGGCCCCGAGCAGUGGAGGCCCCCGAGCAGUGGAUGGCCCCGAGCAAUUCCGAGAAGGGGCCCCGGCUCCGUCUUCCUCAGGGGUCGGCGGGAACCUCGUGGCCGUCCAGACCAGCCGCCUGUCCACGCACCUGCACGUGUCCAGCCCGCCCGGGGUCCUGCCCGUCUCCAUGAAGGCCUUCUGGCCCAGCCCUUGUGCCGUCUUCUGCUCGCCAGGCACGAACUCCAUGUCGGCGCGUGUCCUGCUGCUGCUGGUGGUGCCGGGCCACCUGGCCUUCUUCUACCUGGUGUCGCUGGUGGAGGGCCGGGCCGGCCUCUCUGACGGGGCCUUCUCUCGUGCCCUUCUGCCCCUGCGCCAGGUGGCCAUCCUGCUGUACCUGGCGGAGGUGCUCGUGCGGGUGACCUGGCGGCACGCCCUGGACCCCGACAACCACUGCAUCCCCUACCUCACCGCGCUGGGCGACCUGCUGGGCACCGGCCUCCUGGCUCUCUGCUUCCUCCUCGACUGGCUGCUGAGCAGCGCGCCCGGCCGGGCCGGCCUCCCGGAACGCGCGCCCGGACCCCCCUGACCGGCCCGGCCCGCCCCGGUGGCGCUGCGGAAUGUUCCAGAAAGCAGCUCCUCCUUCGCGGGACCCUGUCGUGCCUGUUGAGCCCUUGCCUCUGCAGUAGCCUUUUGUUUUUUUUUGAGCCAGAGUCUGGCUCUGUCGCCCGGCCUGAGUGAGCGCCGUGGCGUCAGCCUCGCU